AUGAAAUUCCAGCUUCCUUUCACUCAUUUCUCGGAGACUCUUCCUUCUCAACCUUCGUUUAUUCCAUCGCAAGAUUACCUCCUUGGUCUGCGAGGCCUUCUUGUCAUCCAGUCUUUUCUCUUCGUUUUCUUCCAGACAUUCCUUCCCGCCGCGGUCGUUGAUUCGAAGAACACAACAGGCCCACUCUACCAAAUCGUCCUACGCAAAACAAUUUCAGUCCUUUUCUGGAACAAUUCUCUCAUCUACUCUUUCUUCAUUUUAGUUUCCGCACGAACACUCGCUCUCCCAUUCCUUGCAAAUCCAAAUCGUACCGUAUGCUCGUCAUCAAUCUUCCGUCGGGGCAUUAGACUAUGGAUCCCUACAUUCGUCGCAUUAUCCCUCUCCGCGGCCGCGUUCUCGACAGCCUCUACGAAGUACAUUUCCGACUUUCUUGAGCUGACGAACAACAUCUCCACCAGCACACCAACCACGUUCAGAAACUUUCUCGUCUACUUCAACUCCCUCUUCGACCUUUUCUGGGUCUCCAAAUCCUAUGCUUCCCAGGCGGCAAAUCAGGCCUUUCCUUCGGGCACACUCUGGACCGUCUCGUUGCUUUUUCAGCAGAGCUACACAAUUUAUAUGACCAUGGUCAUCAUUCCAUAUACCCGGAAUUCCUGGCGUGUGAAAGCUUUGUUGGUUUUCAUAGUGACGGCGUGGUGGGUCCAGAGUUGGGCUUGGUAUUCGGUGACUGGGUUACUUCUUGCCGAUGCUGUGCAAAACAUGAACUUCCAAAGAAAAUCCCAGAAUGGUUUCAAGAUAGGACGGCUGAGGGUCAAGAUGUGGCCGAUAUACGGACUGAUGGUGACUGCGGGCGUGUUGAUGCAGUACUUGUUUAUUGCAUGGAGGCCGGAGUAUAGGAAUCAGGAGCUGAAGGGACACACCGGGCUGUAUAACUCAGGGAGCUUGAAUGAGAGUGUUGAUCUCGAUCAACCGCAAGCUAGAGAUGACAACUAUCUAAUCGUCCUAGGAGUCAUGCUGUUUGUAGAAACUCACGCGGCGCUGCAGAAGGUGUUAAGAUGGAAGGUAUUCACAGAAUUGGGCCGGAGGAGUUUGAGUAUCUUCCUCGUCCAAGCGCUAAUGAUAUAUACCGCCGGCAUCAAGCUCUAUAUGCGCCUCCAUGCUUUGGGAUCGAAUCAUGAGGUCGCAACCCUUGUAUGCUUUAUUGUAUGCUUGCCAUUGGUUGCGUUGGUCUCAGAAGUAUUCUAUCGCGUUGUUGAUAUCCCGAGUGUUGCUGUUGCGAAGGAGACUUGGGCAUGGAUUAAGAAGUAG